GCGUGUUAGUGACAGAAUUCCCUCCCGGGGGAAGAAGAGGGAGAGGAAACAAUGGCUGGGAGACAGAGGUGCCCCCGCCCAGCCUCACAGAAACACUGCUGUGCCUGGUGGAUGUAGUCAACCUGUAGAUGUGAUCAUUCAGACAUACUGCAGGCCAUUCAAACUGGGACUGAGCUCCCCUAUCAUACCUCUGCUUUUCAAAACAAGACUCCUCGUAAAUGAUGAAGAUGCGCCGACGCCGUGUGGUUCUGGUUCUGUGUAUGGCAGGACUAUGUCUUAUUUCUUUCAUGCACUUCCUCAAAGCCCUGUCCUACAUCACAUUUUCCCAUGAGCUGUCUGCCUUCAGCCCUUCACUCCGGUCCAUCUUCGUCAACUCUCAGUUCUUCUGGAAACCGAAUACUGCGGUGAAUGUAAAUACUAGCCCUGGGCUACCCAUCACUGUGAAAGCUCAGAAUGGAGCCCGCCCACCAUUACACAGAGCCCUGUUUGAACUGAAAGAUGAUGAGACAAAGUACUUCGUACAAACCAAAGCAGGAGCCAUUUGUUUUAAGCAAGGCACCAAGAUGGCGGCAGCAUCCGUGGACGGUGCAGUUGACUGGGACCACAAUGCAAUGGACAAGCAGUUGGCACAGAAGGCAAACAGGGGUUUUAGUGGCAGGCCUAGGCGCAGGUGGGUGGGAUGCCCUUGUCUCCCAGGCUGGCAUGGGCCCUAUUGUGGGGUGCCCACCAUGGUCCAGUAUUCCAAUCUGCCAACAAAAGAGCGUCUGAGCCCACGACCGAUGCCUCGCAGGGUGAUCAAUGCCGUUAACAUCAACCAUGAGUUUGAUCUGUUGGAUGUCCGGUUUCACGAGUUGGGCGAUGUGGUUGAUAUCUUCAUAAUCUGUGAGUCCAACUUUACUGCCUUUGGGGAGCCCAAGCCCCUGAAAUUCAUAGAGAUGCUGCAAAAUGGGACGUACAGUUACAUGGGCAACAAGAUCCUAUACGUGUUCCUGGACCAUUUUCCCAGUGGAGGGAGGCAGGAUGGCUGGAUCGCUGAUGAUUACUUAAGGACCUUCCUGACCCAGAAUGGUAUGAGUCGGAUUAUCAAUUUACGGGAUGAUGAUAUCUUCCUCAUAAAUGAUGCUGAUGAGAUUCCAGCUCACGAUGGUGUGCUGUUCCUCAAACUCUUUGAUGGUUGGACUGAACCCUUUGCCUUCCAUCUGCGGAAGUCACUGUAUGGUUUUUUCUGGAAGCAGCCAGGGAGCCUGGAAGUGAUAUCAGGUUGUACUGUGGCCAUGCUCUUCAUGGUUUACAAUGGAGAUGGGAUUAAAUUGCGGCGGCGGGAAUACUAUUUGAUGCCAAACUUCCGGCUGUAUGAGAACAGCACUGGACAUAUCCUGGUGCCCUGGGCAGUAGGUAGUCCCCUUCACUUUGCAGGCUGGCACUGUUCCUGGUGCUUCAAACCUGAAGGUAUCCGCUACAAGCUGCUGUCUGCACAGAACGGAGACUUCCCCCGCUGGGGGAAUUACCAAGAGAAAAGAGAUCUGAACUACAUUCGAGAGUUGAUUCAGACAGGUGGCUGGUUUGAUGGCACUGAGCAAGAUUACCCUCCUGCAGACCCCAAAGAACACAUGUACGCUCCAAAGUACCUGCUGCAAAACUUUGACAAGUAUCGAUACAUCUUGGAGAAUCCAUACAGGAAGGACAACUGGGACCAGGAAGCUGCAAUGUACAAUCAGACUGGGAAGAUUACAUAGUGACCACUGGCAGUGAUCCCCACCUGCCCAGCAGAGGGGCUGAGUGACUGCGUGCAGCAUCUACUGUCUGGGAUUUUGCCACUACUGGAACUCCUUGUGCUGUGUUUCUGACUCAGUUAGCUAUGACACCAGCACCCCUUUCCUCACCACAUUUGCCAUCUUGAUUUUCUUUUCUUGCGAAAUUUUCAGCUUGGGGCAAAAAUGGUUUCUAUUCAGAUUCUGAUUUUAAGAUUUCUUUCGAGUACUAAACUCACUUCUAUUCUCUUCCCUGCCUCCUAAGGAGUUGUGAGAAAUGAAGUGCAGUGCACUGUGACAGGGCAGCGUGAAUCCCAACUGUCCAUUGCUGGUUGAAGACCAGUGACAGUCUGCGGGUUUGGAUAGACUGAGCUGCGCCUUGGCUCCUGUGUCAUGUGAAGGAGUCGAAUGUAUGUUUUUGUUGUAAAUACAAUUGCUGCUGGGUUAGAGAGGGGUAUGAAAUAUUCACUGGUGAUGGGAAGGACUACGCCAUGGCCUGUUCCUGCUGAAACCAGCUGUCUAACCCAAGUGUAAGAGCUCUUGGCCACAAAACUACUGAAGUGUGCUCCUACAUAGGGAAAUGGGAGGACAGAGUGGUGCAUUCAUGUGCCUGCUGCCCUUGGCCUGGCCCUGCCUCUGCCCCUGCCCUCCCCAGGUAGAAUUCCAUUUGUGAUCUGCCCAGUAUAAAGUUAGUGAGUGAUCUCUUGGUAUCUAAAAGCUCCCUUGGUCUUGUUGGAGAGAUGAGAGCGUUUUAGCCAGGAGCUACUUUGGGACAGGCCAGAGCUACUUCCAAAUCGCAACCACAUCUUGCUCUUGGCCAAUCACAAGGAAGGAUGAUGAGGCCCACAGUGCCAUGUGCUGUACUUGCAGCUGUUACCAAAUCCCAGCUUCCUCAGUCAGUCUCCCUGCAGCACCAGUGAUGAGCUACCAAGUGACUGUAUCUCACUGGUCAGCACAUUAUCAAGACCAUGGUGAGUAGGGCAUAUACAGGUAAUAGUCCAGGAACAUGGAUGUGCAGCACUGGAGUCAGGAUAGGAGCUACACCCUGGGCCAAGGUGUUGUCUCCAGAGGAAGUCAUCCUCCUCCCAACAGGAGGAAGUUGAACAAAUCUGGAGACUCCCUUUUCUUUUGUUAAUUACUUAAAGGAUCAAAUUCUGCUCACCUGGUGCGCCCUAGAGGUAUACAGCUAGUCUGCAAAUAUUCACGUGCUGAGACCUUUGGAUUUCUGGAAUUUGUCUGUUGCGUUUGUUUUGAAGUGUUGUACACUGCAGCUGAUUUUUGCUCUGUUUUGAAUGGGGAGGUGUUCUGAAAGGGUUUUUUUUCCCAGCUGCUUUUCUGUGUAAAAUCUUGGAAAUUGAAGUUUGUGAAACUUUUUUUUAAAACUGUUUUGUUUGGGAAUUAACCACUGGCAUUCAAUUCACAGACAAUGCAUAUACUUCUCUGGUUUGUCCAUUGCUCCUGCACUGAAGGAACUAACCACUGGCCUGCCCUCCCUCCCAUCCCUGCAAUGCAACUCCUGGCACAGGCUGCACCACUUGGCCCAUGUUCUCCAGCUCAAUAUGCUGGAGGGGAAGAAGAGAAUGGAAUCUGACCAAGUUGUCAGUCUUUGCUCUCUCACACCCUCUUGUCAGUCGUGGUCUAAAACUUGCUGCAAAGCUGUGUUGGCAGGGUGUGGAGGAAGGCCUGCAAUAUAAAAGGGAUGGGGAUUGCACUGAUCUCAGUUGAGAGCUUCACUCCCUGAGCUGCUUCUGAAGCUUUACCUUGUGCCAUUCUAAGUUUGCUGAAUCAGACUGUCAGAUAAUGGUAGGUCUGUGGGUGGUCCCAUUUUGUGUAGCCUUGGUUUCUGAAGUAGCUAGCAGCUUGAAAUCAAAAUCCAUCCCCUGUUAUACUGAAUAGGAAAACUGGCCUAGACAUUGGAUUGUGACUCUGUAAAUGUCCACCCUCUGUCCUGAGAGCACUGCCACCUACCUGGCCCUCCCAGAUGCCCUCCAGACCUUCCAGAUGCCUGUAUAUUCUCUCCCUACACCCAGUCACCAGCCCAGGCAAUCUCUCCCACUUGAGGACAGGUGCAAAGGAGGCCUUUGUGGGUGCAGAAUGUGGGCUCUUGCUGAAUAGACUAAAUCUUCACUGUACCUUUAAUAAAAUAAAAAUGCUUUAAGCACUUAUCAAUACGUUUAAUUAAAAUGUGUGUAGCAA